CGAGUAACUGAGUAACAUGGCUGCCAUUCUGUUGAAAAGUCUACACUCUUUGGAAGCGCUGGACGAGCCGACUGCCAAGUGGAACGUUCCCCUGAACGACGGCAACCAUGUGAUAGAAUUCGAGCACGGCACAGCGACAGGUCGUCGACUGGUCAAAGUGGACGGCAAAGAGUUGGUUCACAGAGAUUGGAUGUUUCAUCUCGUCGGUGACGAGGUCUUCACGUUCAACGACAACAAGUUUGUGAUCAGAGUCGACCCAAUUCCAGGUUUAAAAUAUUCUUACACCCUGUGGGUGAAUGGGAAAAGUUACAAAAACUUUGUUCAGACACAAUCGAAGAUACUGGAGACCUGGCUGGCUAAUGUUGGAGACCAAGAAUACAGAAUAGUGUUGGAUAAACAAUCUCAGAAUGUUUGGGUGAACGGCGAAGAAAUCGACACCGAAAAUGAUUUCACCGACGACGGCGCGGAGAUAAUUUUCGCAGUAGGGGAACUACCAGCCUCGAUUCGGUCGCAGACUUCGGGGAAAAAGGAAAUUGGAAUAACACACACUUUGUUCAUCGACGGAGUAGAAAUUGGAAAGGAAUCACUGCUAGACGAAUCCGAGGAAUCGCAGUAG